CUUGAGACAUGCAAAAAAAGGAUCCAAACGGUUGGCCCUGGCUUCGGAAGAGCUUAUUUCGCAGGUGUCCAUGACGCCUCGACGAGACACGCAAUCUUCCUCCAACCCAAACAACCAUUCAUCCCAAGCCCAACAACAAUUAGCAAUCCCAAAAGUAAUCAUUACCACAAGCGAAACCAGCCAUGAGUUCUGAAGAGAAGGAAGAAGUCAAGAAAGACGAGGCCAAAGAAGAAGAGCCCAAGAAAGAGGAUGCGGAAGCCAAACCCGACGAUGCCAAGAAAGACGAUGCUCCUGCUGAGGAAGCGAAGAAAGACGAUGCUACGAAAGACGACGCCCCUGCUGCUGAUGCGGCUAACGGCGAGUCUCCAGCAGAUCUCACCAAACGGCUACAGAAACUGGCGCUAGAGCGACAAAAGGAGAACAAACAGGAUCGUCUCAAGGUAGUGCAAUCGGACAAAUCCUCCCAUCUGGCAGCCGUCAAGAGUUUCCAAGAGCUCAAUCUACCGAAGCAUCUUCUGGACGCUGUCUUUGCCAUGGGCUUUGAUCGACCGUCCGUGAUCCAAGAAGAGGCAUUGCCGCGAAUUUUGGCAGAUCCACCCCGCAAUCUGAUUGGACAGGCGCAAUCGGGAAGUGGCAAAACGGCUGCCUUUACUCUCGGCAUGCUGUAUCGGACCAAGGUUGACGCUCCGGCGAGUACACAGGCCAUUUGUUGUACGCCUACUCGUGAAUUGGCCAUUCAAAUUUUUGAAAAAGCACUCAAACCCAUGGCAUCCAACAUGGAGGGCCUCAAAGUCUCACUUGCCGUCGCUGGAACCAAUAUUGAAAGAGGGAAGAAACUGGAUGCGCACAUUGUGAUUGGAACACCUGGCAAAAUUGUGGACUGGCUCAAACGAAAGGCCAUUGUCACUAAAAAUAUCAAAGUACUUGUAUUGGAUGAAGCCGAUUCCAUGAUCGAAGAAUCGGGACAUCGAGCCAACUCGCUGUUGAUCAAAAAGCAAAUGCCCAAAAAAUGCCAGAGUCUGCUUUUCAGUGCCACUUUUCCGCCUGAAGUGGUCACGUUUGCCACCAAAAUGGUGGACAAUCCAGACAAAAUCCUGAUUGAGGAUGGUGAUGAAUUCCUGGUUGUGGAUGUCAUCAAGCAGAUAUGGAUUGACACGAGAGACUACGAGGGAGGGAAACUGCAAUUCCUGUCGGAUAUUUAUGAAAUGUUGACAAUUGGCCAAAGUAUCGUAUUUGUUGGGACAAAGAGGGAUGCCGACAACGUACAUCGAACACUCAGCAAAAGUGGGUAUGAUUGUUCCGUCUUGCACGGCGGAGUCUCCCCAGAGGACCGAGAUUCCACCAUGCAGAACUUUCGCGAUGGGAAGAGUACAGUUUUGAUCACCACCAAUGUGUUGGCUCGCGGUGUCGAUGUAGACAACGUCAUGAUGGUGGUCAAUUAUGAUGUGCCUGUCGACAGAGAUGGAAACCCAGAUUACGAAACUUACUUGCAUCGUAUUGGGCGAACCGGGCGCUUCGGCCGAAAGGGAACAGCAAUCAGCCUAAUUCAUGACCAGCGAUCGCUCCAGGUUCUUGCUAGCAUUGAACAGCAUUUUACGUCUCAAGGAAAGGAGAUGAUUGAACAAGCAGAAGCAGACCCCGAGACUCUCGCGGAUAAGAUUGAAAUCUAGUAGCAAUUUGCUGGGAGGUGGAGGCUUCUGUGCGCCUUCAUACAGAUUUGGGGGGUGGCAUUGUCAGUUGCUACCUGGCUAGUAGAAAAUAACAAUUUCUGACCUACCGGUACCACUACCGAUACAUACAGUACGGUACCGGUACGGGGUAGAUCCAGAUUAAACUCAAAAUAGUAGGGUAUUAAUAGCUCC